GUCACCAUGGAGAUAGUCAACAGUAGAGAAUCCAAGAUAGAUCACCUCUCUCUAGAGGCUGAAAGUGAACCCUUGGGGCCGUUGUAUUUUCUGAGGUUAGCAGGGAGCCAUCAGGAGGCCAGCUGGGAAGACAAAAAAAAGGCACCCCAAACUCAGCAACUUCAUAACACCUUCCUCUCUCCCUAAAACCUUAAACUGUGUCAAGUCAAAGAAACCUGGGGCAAAUCCUUAUCAUGUUUUUCACUGCAGUAAAUCCACAACCAGUCUCUACUCCAAGCUGGCAGAUCGAGACCAAGUAUUCAACAAGAGUGCUCACUGGAAACUGGGUGGAAGAGAGGAGAAAGUUCACCAGAGACACUGACAAGACACCCCAAUCCAUUCACAAAAAAGAAUACGUCCCCUUCCCAGACCACAGACCGGACCAGAUCUCCAGGUGGUACGGGAAAAGGAAAGUUGAGGGGCUCCCUUACAAACACCUGAUCACCCACCACCAGGAGCCCCCGCAUCGCUACCUGAUCAGCACCUAUGACGACCAUUACAACCGGCAUGGUUACAACCCGGGGCUGCCUCCACUCCGCACCUGGAACGGACAGAAGCUACUGUGGCUGCCAGAGAAGUCUGACUAUCCCCUUCUUGCUCCCCCUACAAACUAUGGACUCUUUGAGCAGCUCAAGCAGAGAUGGCUCGCACCCAAGGCUGGCCUGAAGCAGAGCACUUAUACCUCAUCCUACCCCAGACCACCACUGUGCGCUAUGUCCUCGAGGGAGCACGCGAUCCCAGUCCCUCCCCGUCGCCUACAUCCUGUCCCACACUUCUGAGAGCUGCCACCCCAGUGGAGAACCAACUGGAGACUCACUGGACUUGCCAGACAGCAUUCACUGCCGAUAAACUCAGAGUACAAGAUCCAGCCCAUCAGAGAGGCCCUCGGAGUCACGGUCUGCAUUUGGCGGAACCUGUCCCCUCCUCAAAAUCCACAGGCUUCUUUCUUUUCCAUCCCACAAUUAAAGCUCUUUGACGCUA